AUGGAAAUGGUACACAAAGCAUGGGAAAAUGUUAGUGCUCAAACCAUCGCCAAUUGCUUCAGAAUUUGUGGUUUUAUUAAGGACGGACAGACAAUUGGUGAAGGUAUUCCUGUUCAAUGUGAGGAAGUUGAAAGCACAUGGAACAGACUAGAAGUUCCUGUAUCAUUUGAAGAAUUUGUUCACUUUGACGAUAAUGUCGCAACUGCUGGUACUUUUACUGACGAGGAAAUUAUUCAAUCUACUUUAGCCAAUCAGCACAAUUCUGACAAUGAUGACGUGGAAGAGGAGGCGGAGGCGGAGGCUCCUGUCAUAUCGUUAAAAGAAGCAACAUUUUUUAUGCCAGGAUUACGUAAAUUUUUUGAGCAAUCUGAAAUGGACGAAAAAAGAUGCGAUACAAUUUUCAAUGCUAUCAGUAAGUUAGACAACGCUAUGGACCAGAUUGUGACCAACAAUUUUUCACAAAAAAAAAUAACAAAUUUCUUUAAAAUGUAA